AUGGCUAGAAGACCAGCUAGAUGUUACAGAUACCAAAAGAACAAGCCUUAUCCAAAGUCUAGAUACAACAGAGCUGUUCCAGACUCCAAGAUCAGAAUUUACGAUUUAGGUAAAAAGAAGGCUACUGUCGAUGAAUUCCCAUUGUGUGUCCAUUUGGUCUCUAACGAAUUAGAACAAUUAUCUUCUGAAGCUUUAGAAGCUGCCCGUAUCUGUGCUAACAAGUACGUUACCAAGAUGACUGGUAGAGAUUCUUUCCACUUAAGAGUUAGAGUCCAUCCUUUCCAUGUUUUAAGAAUUAACAAGAUGUUGUCUUGUGCCGGUGCCGAUAGAUUGCAACAAGGUAUGAGAGGUGCUUGGGGUAAGCCACAUGGUUUAGCCGCUAGAGUCGAUAUUGGUCAAAUUAUCUUCUCUAUCAGAACCAAGGACAACAACAAGGACGUCGUUGUUGAAGGUUUAAGAAGAGCCAGAUACAAGUUCCCAGGUCAACAAAAGAUCAUUUUAUCCAAGAAAUGGGGUUUCACCAACUUGGACAGAGAAGAAUAUGUUAAGAGAAGAGAUGCUGGUGAAGUUAAGGAUGAUGGUGCCUUCGUUAAGUUCUUGUCUAAGAAGGGUCCAUUGGAAGACAACAUCAGAGCUUUCCCACAAUACUUUGCUAACCAAGCUUAA